AUGUCCUGUCCUCUAUGGGGCUGGAGUGACCAGGAGGUCUCUGGAGGGCCCACUCCUUCUCAUCCAGAGAUCGACCCCCCCGGAGGAGGAGUAGAGAGGGGCUCUGCAGUCCAGGAGGAGGUCUCCUUGGUUCUCCAUGAACAUGUGAAGGACUCAAGUGUUUAUUCAAGAGAGACGAACCUGAGAAAAGUUCUCAGAGUUAACUACCAAGAACCGGAAGUACCUAAGGAUGACGACUACUUCUUCUGUGAUGAGUGUAGGACUUUCUUCCUCGAAGAGUGCCAGGUCCACGGUCCUAUCGUCUUCAUGGCUGAUCGCCCCGUUGCUGUCGGAGAGAAAGACAGAGCCAAGAAGACGCUGCCCGCUGGGUUUGAGAUCAGAGAUUCUGGGAUCCCUGGGGCCGGUCUAGGGGUGUUUUACUGUGGAGACGGUGGCCUUCCCAUUGGAACACACUUUGGACCCUACGAAGGACACAGGACCGAUGAAGAGGGAGCCCUGGAGAGUGGAUACUCCUGGGAGAUCUACAAGAGCAGACACAGUGAUUACAUUGAUGCAAAGAGAGAGACACUUUCUAACUGGAUGAGGUACGUCAAUUGUGCUCGUAAUGAAGAGGAACAGAACCUAAUAGCGUUUCAGUACAAAGGAGGGAUUCUGUAUCGCUCCUGUGGCCUCGUGACUUCAGGAGCAGAGCUCUUGGUCUGGUAUGGGGACGAAUACGCCAGACAUCUGGGAAUCGGAUUUGAUCGACUGUGGAACAACAAGAGCUCUACUAAAGGAGGGAGAUCCCAGCUGACACCAGCACAGGCUUUCCCCUGUCCCGAGUGUCCGUACUCCUACACGUCUCAGAUCUUCCUCCACAAACACAUGAAGAGGAGCCACAGCGACCUGUACGGCCGACUGCUGAGGAGUGGAGAAAUCAAGGUGGAGCCUAGUCUCCUCCCAUACGUCGCAGCCUCCUAUCAAGAACCAAUCGGAGCCUCCCGGGGAACCGUCCAAAGCACGAGCCAGAUUCCAGCAGAAGGAGCCGGACGCCACAGAUGUGAGAAGUGCAGUAAAACCUUUAGUCGCUCUGAUAGUCUGAAGGUUCACCAGCGCAUCCACAUGGGAGAGAAAUCAUACCACUGUCAACAGUGUGGGAAAACAUAUAGUACAUCUGGUGAACUCAAGAGACACCAGAUCAUCCACACGGGAGAGAAACCAUACCAAUGUAAACAGUGUGGGAAAACAUUUAGUAGAUCUUAUCAUCUGAAGAGACACCAGAGCAUCCACACGGGAGAGAACCCAUACCACUGUCAACAGUGUGGGAAAACAUUUAGUAGAUCUGGUAAUCUGACGGUACACCAGCGUAUCCACACGGGAGAGAAACCAUACCACUGUCAACAGUGUGGGAAAACAUUUAGUAGAUCUAGUGAUCUCAAGAGACACCAACAACUUCACAGAGGAGUCUCCAUCCAAACAACCAUGUGAAGAAACUAAAUGGUUCCCAGACAUGUGUUAUUCAAAUCGAAUGGUUCUUGCUGUUAUAUGGUAAAAGGGCACAUGAACGGUUAAUUGUUUAUCUUAUCAACUUUAUGUAUUUAUUUAUAUUCAUGUCUGUAUGAGUGAACUAUUUUUCUUCUGAACAUUUUUUGGGUAAAAACCUUCAGAGUAAGGUAUCGUAGAUCUGACGUCAUUGUUAUAUUUAUUACUUUUGUAUGUAUUUAUGUAUUUAUCCUGUAGAAAUUCAAAUAAAAUCAGAUAUGCAGUGUUGAGAUGUCUGGUUUUGUCUGGAUAGAAUAGAAGCAGUCCGACAUGUUGGUGAAUUAUAUUUGAUAUGCUGUUAUGUAUAACGUAGAAUUCAAAGGAUGAGCUGAGGUCCCGUUACUGACCACCAGAGGGAACCACAGCUCCACGAAGAUGUUCCCCUUCCCCGGAUUCAGUGACAUUUUGAAUUAAUUAUUGAUAAUUAUGUUUCAAUCUUCCAUUAAUAAUUACUAUUCACCGUCCUUCAAUGGAAGUGAGAAAAAAAG